UUCACCCUUCUCUCGGGACCGUAAAGAUUCUCUUUUAACUUUAAUAGCUUUAAAUAACUGAGUGGAUAAUCACGCAUUUUUUUCUGAAUCAUUUUGUUGUGGACUAACAGCAGCUGAGAGCAACAAUUGACAGGAUGAGUUGGGGAGCGCUAUAUGCCCAGCUGGGAGGAGUAAAUAAACACUCCACUAGCUUGGGAAAGAUCUGGCUGUCUGUCCUCUUCAUCUUUCGUAUCUGCAUCCUUGUAAUAGCUGCAGAGACAGUCUGGGGAGAUGAGCAGUCUGACUUCACCUGCAACACACAACAGCCCGGCUGCAAAAACGUCUGUUACGACCACUACUUCCCUGUCUCGCACAUCCGUUUCUGGUGCCUGCAGCUCAUCUUUGUUUCCACACCAGCUUUGCUGGUGGCUAUGCACGUGACCUACCGCAAACGCAAUGUAAGGAAAGGCCUCAUAGCGACCCGUGGUGACAGUGUUAAAGAAAAUGACCUGGAGACCCUGAAGAAGAGGCGUCUACCCAUCACUGGCUCGCUGUGGUGGACGUACACUUGCAGUCUGUUCUUCCGGCUGAUUUUUGAGGCAGGAUUUAUGUACGCUCUUUAUUACGUCUAUGACGGGUUUCAGAUGGCACGUCUCGUGAAGUGCGAAGAGUGGCCCUGUCCCAAUAAAGUUGACUGCUUCGUAUCACGACCAACAGAGAAGACAGUCUUCACUAUUUUCAUGGUGGCAUCUUCUGCCAUCUGCAUUGUACUCAAUGUGGCUGAGCUGGCUUACCUGAUUGUCAAAGCAUUGAUGAGGUGCUCGGACAGAGCCAAGAGGAAGAAGUCCUACGUACACCAAGACAAACUAUCAAAAGAAAAGGCAUACCUACAGAACCAAAAGAAUGAGAGGUUGUUGUCAUCGGUUUCGGACUCCUCAAGCAAUAAGACGGUUUAGGAUCAGCCCUGCAUCCAGUGAUAUAACAAAAACAGAAGUUAAUAGGCUUGUAGAUUUUGACAGUAUUUUAACAGCAUUAAAUAGCCUAUAACAGCUUUAGGCCUAUACUUUGUAUUUGCAACUUAGCAUGUUGCAAACCUCAACAUGGUUCAUUCCAAAGCUGACUUUUCUUUCCGAGACAAAAGAUAUUUAUGGCACAGGUUGAAAAUGCAAAAGCAGAGCUUGUCUGACAAUAUGUUGGGCUGUAUGUAUGGGGGUCACAUCGCUCUCUGAAUGCAUUGCAAUUGAAGAUCGACGAAGAUCGACAGUGACCCCUGGCGGUCACAAUAAUACAGACAUGAAGUCGUCUCGUGCCUUUUGCACAAAACCGAUUGUCCUGUUUUUUAAGAGUUAAACAUGUAUUGUGUUCUCGGUUGCAUGAACACACUGUCUCUUUAUUUGUCGUUUUUAGUAAUUUCGUUUUGUCAUUUUGUAUACAACAGAAAUGUGGCUGCAAGACAAAUAACGGGGAACUCAUUUUCGGGGAGCUAAGAGGUUUUAUGUUUUUACUCAUGCUUGGUGAAUUGUCUUUAAUGUCUGUAGUUUUUAUCAUGUUAUACUUGCACUGACCUCUACCGGGGAUUUCUAACAGCUUUUAACUGUGCCUUAUUUUAGAUGGGAACAUGAUUUCCCGUUCGCAGUACAUUAGUCGGGUGUUUACUAGUGGCGCGUGCUCAGUUUACCUGUCAACGGGUGAGAGUGUGUAAACUCAGCUCGCGCUUUAACAGUUGUCCGUUCUAUUGAUCUUUUUUCUUUUUCUUCCCUCUGCGAGGCUGGAGCAGAGAACAGUUUUGUUUGUUAUGGUUGUGAUUUAGAGGUCAUUUUUGCUACCAAGGUUGCCACAUAACCAGUAUUGACGCAUCAUCUACUGCCAUUUCCAAAUGCGAGUUGUUAGACUUUUGUCAUCAGCUGGUAAAAUAAAAAUUCAUAAUUUUAUAUUUGCAAAGAUCAUAUAGCUUAUAUUUUUGCUAACAACUGACAUUUACAUGAAUC